AUGAAUUCCUUUAAUAAUUUUCCGUCUCUUGAUUCCUCGUACAAUCAUUUCUCACUUCAACAUCAAUUAAAUCAACCAUAUCAACAAGUUAUACCAAUAACUUUGACUCAAACAAGUAGUUCUAAUUCUUUUGAUUCUCCACCUUCACCUUCCUCUCCUAGAAAAGCCGUUUCAUUAGCUUACGCUCAACGACAAGUCUUCAAUAAUAGUUCGCCAUAUCAUAAAGUCUUUCAAUCACCACAAGAACAAAUUCAUCAACCAGAAAUUUAUAUUCCCGCUACUGAUUAUCCUUCUCCUUGCGUAGACUCUUACGAUUCGGCUGAACAUAUCAACUUGAACAACGGAAUGAUGACAGAGAGUACUAGUCAAGCUACAACUUCUUCUCCCCCAUCUUUCUCUGACUUGCAUGAUACCAAACCGGUGACCAUUAGUGGAGGACAUGGAGGACACGGAAGUCACGAAACGUAUCCUACCACUCCUACAACAUAUGCUUCAGCUUCGUAUCCCGCAUCUACAGCACCAACCACCACGGCAUACCUAACCCCAGGAAAUGAAGCUACUACAGGUGAUGCAAAUUCCGAAAAUUGGAGUGGGACAUCCCCAUUCCCUUUCGGUUCUUAUCAUUCCGGAAAACAACCAAAAGGUUUUGAUGAAAGGGCUAUAGAUCCCACUUUCUUUAGUGAACCUAGUAUGAUAAAACCUAACGGUCCAAAUACUGCUUCUCCGAUGAAUUAUUACGGACAAGCUCCUGUAGGUUAUGAUCGAAAUGGUAUGCCACAUCACGGGUCCGGCUUUCCACCAGGAAUGCCACCAACGCCACAAGAUUAUCCAAUGACGAUGGCUGCUGCAAGAUACUCCAAUGGAAGCAUGGGUUUACCACCGGCCUCAAAUGGAAACGGUUCUCCAAAGUCAUCUGCAGGACAACAGAGACCUUCAUCUGUCCCCACACCUCAGGCGAUGAUGACCACCUUUAGUUCGAAAACCGUAUCGUCCACUCCCAAGAGGUACAAGUGCAACAUCUGUCAGAAAAGAUUCACUAGACCAAGUUCGUUGCAGACACACAUGUACAGUCACACCGGAGAGAAACCCUUUAAAUGUCCAAUCGAAGGAUGUGGUCGUCAUUUUUCUGUUGUUAGUAACCUUCGUCGCCACCAAAAGAUUCAUUCGAGUAAU